GAGGUCCCCAAAGGAAGGGGUCACAUCAGCUAAGGGCACCUUCCGGCCUGGAGGUGUGGGCUAUCUAGGGGAAGGGGUGGUCACUGAUGUCCAGCAGGAGUCCUUGAUAGGCAGAGCCCACUAUAGCAUCCCUGAGACUCCACCAUGUUCCUCUUCUCUCGGAAGACCAAGACCCCCAUCAGCACCUACAGUGACUCCUACAGGGCUCCUACCUCCAUCAAGGAGGUCUAUAAGGACCCACCUCUAUGGGCCUGGGAAGCCAACAAGUUUGUGACCCCAGGUCUGACUCAGACUAUGCACCGCCAUGUGGAUCCGGAGGCCCUUCAGAAGAUGGCCAAAUGUGCUGCGCAGGACUACACCUAUAAGAGUUCCAUAGCAGGUCACCCUUACUUGCCUGAGAAAUACUGGCUCUCUCAGGAUGAAGAGGACAAAUGCUGUACAAACUACCUGGACAAUGACCGUUACAACACAUGGAGGACAGGACCUUACAACAGCUACUGGAACAAGUAUACCACCUGUCUUCCCCGACUGCCUAAGGAUGCCGGGAUGGAGACAAUGAUGCGAGGAAUGCCGUUGGAGUACCCUCCUAAACCGGAGCGCCUCAACGCCUACGAGCGCGAAGUAGUGGUGAACAUGCUGAACUCGCUGUCCCGGAACCGGACUCUGCCCCAGAUUGCGCCCCGCUGCGGGUGCGUGGACCCUCUUCCGGGCCGCCUGCCACUCCAAGGAUACCAAAGCCCUUGCUCUGGCCGCCACUACUGUCUGCGCGGGAUGGACUACUGCACCUCCGGAAUGCCUAGCUCAGAACGCCGCCUGCGGCCUUUGUGUUCCCAGGAGCCGACUGUAAGGAGUGUCUCGCCCUACGGUCACCGACCCGGAAUGCAAUGUGCAGUUACAACUCCCCCGCCGUCAUAUUACCCGUUUCCCAACCUUAGAUGGGACACAAGUCACUUCAAGAAAACUGGUGGUCCCCAGAGAAACAACUAUGUUGUCCAUCCUGAGUUUGUGUCUGAGACCUAUCCUGUCUACCAUUCCUGGUAAAGCUUUGGCCAGGCCAAGGAAGAGGGGUGGAGCAAUAAACUCUUCACCACAAA